CAAGACAUCUGACACGAGCAGCUCAUCUCCUAUAUCCUAUAAUUAUGAUGAGUUUGUCAUUACUCUAUGUUCUCUAACUCGCCUUAUCCAGUCGUACCUCUGAUCAGGUUCAGGCUUCGUAGUAUCGUCUUUUGUAUAGUUGUUCGUUUCACUGGCAAUUUGUGUCGAAUUCACUCUUCGAAUCCCGCACAUUUCCCACUCGAAGCAGGCUGUAGUUGAUUUGACUUGCUUUCACCUACAAUGUAGUUGCGUCCGUUUGUUUCGUCGCGUAGCUUGCGCGAGAUAACGAUGCGUGAUGAUCGCGCCUUCCCUUUUUUCUUGACUUAGGCAGCACACCAAGUCAACCGCGCCCGCCAACUACCUUCGCUUCUUCGAUUUAGCCUAAUCAUUGCAAAAUUUGUUGAGACUACUAGGACGCGUUCUUCAAAAUGGUCGGAUUUGGUGGAUUACCCACCUCUCUUCGACUGUCAACGGAGCGCCUUACGAAAAAGAAGCGCAAGCAAACUCACAGGGCAGAUCAUGAGCAACACGUGGAGCGGUCGACGACUGCGACUGAGACUGAUAUCGACAAUGAGCAGCUUCCCAGUGUCUGUGGAGGCGGCACUCAACACCAGCGCAACUUGUCACUACACGUCAUGUGGACGCUGGACGAUAUCAGACAGAUAGCGAGGGAGAUUUACGAUGGGACUGUUGCAGACGUCCAUCUGUCUCUAUUUGCGUACUGGGUUCAGGAAAAGAACGAAAACUAUGAUCUGGCGAAGGAGUACGUUCGGGAGCUAUCACUAGAUCAGGGGUACAAUAUCGACAGGAUUGGCAAUCGACAUCUGCGCAAGCUCCUCGAGGACACAUGCCGUCUUCGGCCAAGGAAACCAAAGUUUGCCAAAACAAUCAUACUGCAAGCUAAUAUGUCAACUCCAAGCCGCACAUCGCCUGCUUCCAAUACGUUCAUCACCUCACCGCUCACCUCUGGGGUUGAUACGCUUGCACCGCCUCUUCGUGCGAAGCGAGAGCACCACACCGAAGAAGCAGCUCACCCAAACUCAGUAUCGCAUUCGAACAGUGAUUACAAGGACUACCCGCCCAAUACGCCUGAUCGACCAGCGCCACUCACCCUCCGAUCACGCAGUUCCAGAGCAAGUAGCACUGCACAAACAUCAUACAAUAUCCUAAGAUCGGUCUCCUCGCCCAUUCACAAUCGCGGCGUAGACUCGAUUUUACCGCCAUUGCCUCGAUUUAGUACCAUGUUUCAAGAUAUGGAAUCUCAUCCUCUGCUCUCGCCGUCACCCAUUGGUUCUUUCGUGGCCAGUAGCGAGGUUGGUAUCAAGACUGAUACUACAACGGACGAUGUCUUUGGUAUUUUGGAUCAACUAGGCUUCCGUCAGAGCAAGCUCCUCAGCAUCACACAAACAGGCAGCAAGAACACUCGUCAUAGCUCUCAUGGAAGGAAUCCGUUCGCCGAUCCCUGUGAUCCACAUUGCGGGGGUUCUUUCGAACUGGACACUGCAGACAUUGCGUCUGACUCGAGCUAUGGGUCGGAUGGAGUUGCCGUUUCGAGUUUCAACGAAUUCGAUGGGACUAUUCACAAGAACGAAGAGAAUGGGAACUGCGCGAACGAUGAGACCUUUGGCGCAAUGCGUUCAUACACUGAUCUGGGUGACGAGAUCUCGAUCUUAGAAUCAGCCUCAUCUAUAAGCGACAGCGAGAAUAAAGCACAAUACUCGUACGCUCUAUCAGCCCCACCUCCUAAUCCAGCCGUUGCCGACCCUGCGCCAACUCCUUCUCAACGCCGCGCAACCUUGAAAGCUCGUCGUUCAAUGCAACACCCCAGCCUUAUGGAUAACGUUCCCAACUUCCAUCGGCCGCUUCCGCUUCGUAGCUACGAGAGCGAGGCUCAUCUGUAUCCGACUUCCCGCGUUCAAGCAAUUGCACCGACGCGUAUGACAGAAGGAACACCGUCUCCUUGUUCCCCUGUGACUGAAGCUCGAUAUACUGGAACGUCUCCCAAGACAACAUCUACAUCUUUCUCGGGGCUUGACCGUAACUCCGAAACGCUAUCGGGGCCCCACGAUCUGAUACCGUUGCCCCCCAGCUUGACGACGGCUGUCAAGCAAUACCCUUCUCAAUCUCGUCAUGUAGAUUGUCCACAACCUCAGAGGAUUGAGCGACGUUCCGAGGGAACAACGGGGCGCUCCGCACUACUCCCUCUACCACCUCGGUCGUUCUUAGAUAACAACAGUAGUGUCGGCGCUCAUACCACUCACAAGGACUACACAGGCAUCAAGCAUCAGAACUCCUUCAGGACGGGCAGAACGUCUGAGAAUUCACGGCGUCUUUCAACCGCCUCAAUCAUAGCAGCGUUUCCCAUCCCGUCCAUGCAAGACGAAACCGACGAGCUUCCCAUGGCAGUCUCUCGCGCAACCUCAUCGCCUGAACUGACAACAGCAUCAACAUCCAUAGCGGAAGCAUACCGCGCCAUCGCCAAAGCACAUAUCACGGAACUGCUGCAGCAAACUCGCAGCCGAGGAACUCAUUUGCAGAAUGUGGAUUGGAACGAUUUGACGCCGUUUGAGAGGACGUGGCGCGAGGUGAACGAACCGCUCCUUGUGUCGAUCUAUGGAAGGAGAGACGUACUGCUUACGGAUGCGGACGUGGAGUAUGUUGACAGCAUUGCUAGAGGACUUCGCGAAGGUAUAGACGCAACAUCUUCAGUUGAUUGGCUGUGUCGGGUCUUUCGCGAUGCUGUCUGACAUGCGGAGAGAUUGCGUAGCCGAGUGUUCAUGGGGAGAUGGGAGAAGUUGGCAAGCAUGUAAGAGGAUGAUCUGGAGGUUACGCU